AUUGUUAUGAUGAAACGAAGAGUAUUGAAUUUUGUAAAUCUCAAGCCGUACAAUAUGCAGGCAAACCCAUUGGUAUUGAAGUACUAAAUAAGACUCUUAAUGAUGAUGACAAUCGUGUUACGAUUUAUAUCCAGUGGAGGCAACCAGCCCAUAUCAAUCCAGACACGCCCAUUAAGUUUUAUCUAUUUGAGUGGUAUGGUAAAGAAACAUCAGUAAAUACAAUGAAGAUCAGGGACUUGGUAUUUGAACCGGGUGCGUAUGUCAGAACUGAGUUGGACGGCCUUUUAUUUUUGAAUACAUCUUACACUUUAGGGAUUACGCCUGUUGUGAUAGCCAAUGAAAACAACAAGCGUGGUUUAACUCGUGAAAUUACUUUUAUUACCCCAUUGCCUAAAGUGGUCCUACCAGUUACUGACAAUGAUUCUAACGCCGUUACUAUAGCAUUGAUCGUGGGAGGCGGUGUAAAUCUGUUGGCUAUAAUAGUCUUUAUAAUCCUGUGGAUAAUAUGCACAGAUCAUAGAGGUAGACGUCCAUACAUAAAUCGUCGCAAACGCUUAGAGAAAGAAGAAGUCAAUAUUUUAGACUUAGAUGUAAUCUUUCCGAAACAUUCACAAAGUCGACCGACACUGACUGACUACCCAGUUUACGAAAUAGACCGAAGUGACGUAUCGUGGACGGAAAGGAAAGAACUUGGUCAUGGGUACUAUGGCGAGGUAUACAAAUGCAGAACACCUGUCAACGGAAUGCCAACGGAAGCCGUUAUUAUACUGCCAAAACGCAUUUGAAGAAUAUUAGUCAAUAUCUAAAAAAAAAAAAUGUUGAUAACCUAACACUGUUUACUAAAA